UCGUGAGAGAGAAACAGAAGUGCGUUGAAAAAGAUCGAUAAACAGACAUCGUGUCUACCAGACUUGGUUCGAUACGAAUGUUCCAUCGGAGCAGAGCGACGAACCUCGAGGAACGAGAAAGGGCUUCGAACAAUCUACUGGCUCCGCCCCCGUUUCCCUGUUGUCACGUAAUGGACGGCCAGCUUUUACCGAGUUCGACUUCCCUGGAGGGCAAAGUUCCUGAUCACAGUUCACGCGGUAGAUUCGUCCAGACAAUACGUUGUGUAGUUGAAACGUCAUCUGAAGUUGAUACUGUUCUCGAUAAGUUUCUUCUAGAAAUGCAUUUAAAGAACGAUUUAAAGAACGAUUUAAAGAACGAUUUAAAGAAUGGUCGAAAGCUUCAUCUGACGGAUGACUAAGUUCCACAUAAAAGAACAAGGAAUAAAGAAUUAAAAAACUAAAAGAAUAAAAAAAUGAGCACGAUCGGAAAAUGCCUAUUGGACGGAAGAAUUCUGUGGAUCGUUGACUGUGCCUCGAGACAAGAUAAAUUUAAAAGUCUUGAGAGAAGAAAGGCAGCGAUGUUGAACAAUGAAGAGGUCGACAAACCAGAGGAAGAUGACAAGGUCGGUGGAAGAUAACGAAAAAUGAAAGAUCUUUUAACCGAUAGCAAGGUGAAGGAGCUUCAGGCCAUGCUUUUUCCGGUUCAUCCGAUCCCUGGCAGUACGCUGGCGAACUUGAACAAACUGCAGGAGUUGCACUUGCUGCAGCAAUGCGAUGCACCACGAAGGGAAACGGAGUUAUCACUGUUCUCCAUGCCCUUUGGAACCAGAGAUGAUCAAUCGCAAGAAACUCUUCGGAGCAUAUUGGAUACUCAUUGCAUGAUAGACGGAAUCACCCAGGAAACUGCUAGAUGGCCCACAGAGUGCCAAGUACUUCCGGAAAGAGUUAGGCAUAUAGAAUACUCUCCAGCCGUUCCAGAACCGUUCUACGUGCCAAGCGGGAAGGAACCAAGGCCAAAACCAUUGGGCGAUGAAUUUGGAACUGUGAUAUUUCGAUAUCAUCCAACCAAUGUCACCAGUUACUUUAGUAGAUCUUGUGUGGGUGGAAGCACGGUCGCACCGUUUCCAACGGAGUUCUCAGCCGAUUCAAAUGGAAACGAAUCGAAGAACGCCGAGACUAAUAGCAAUAUGUUCUUAUUAACCAAAGUCUCUGACCUAAUGGAAACUAACACCGAUUUACAUUUUGAAUCUCGUUUCGAAUCUGGCAACCUUUGCAAAGUUGUGAAGAUCACUGACACGUAUUAUCAAUUGUAUCUUAGAAAAGAUCUUUAUACUCAAAGACAUACCCAAUGGUAUUACUUCAGGAUAUCAAAUACGAGGAGCAGAACGAAUUACAGAUUGUCCAUUGUGAACCUUUGCAAAGAGGAAAGUCUAUACAAUGAAGGUCUUCGGCCACUCUUGUACUCAACGGAAGACGCAAAGAAGCGUGCCGUUGGUUGGAGAAGAUGCGGAGAGAAUAUCGCUUAUUACAAGAAUGAUUCAUCAAGCAACGAAGAAAAAGAAAGGCACACGCUGACAUUCAACGUCUCCUUUCCUCAUGAUAGGGACACUGUUUAUUUGGCACAUUGUUAUCCAUACACCUAUACUGACCUACAGGAAUAUCUUGCCAAACUAGUAGCAGAUCCUAUAAAAUCUAGAUAUACGAAAUUACGACUAUUGUGUCGUACACUUGCCGGAAAUGGUGUCUAUUACUUGACUAUCACUGCGCCUACUUACGACGAGGUGGUACGAAGAAAAAGAGGCAUAGUUAUCACAGCACGAGUUCACCCUGGAGAAACUCCAUCUAGUUGGAUGAUGAAAGGAAUUAUUGAUUUUUUAACCGGAGAAUCGAAUCAAGCCAGAGUACUACGAGAAAGAUUCGUAUUCAAGCUGAUUCCUAUGCUAAAUCCGGAUGGCGUUAUUGUUGGCAACAAUCGUUGCUCGUUAUCGGGGAAAGAUUUGAAUAGACAAUAUAGAACUGUAAUGAGAGAAAGUUACCCUUCAGUCUGGCAUACAAAGUUAAUGAUUCGACGAUUACUGGAAGAAUGCGGAGUGGCCAUUUAUUGUGAUUUACACGCUCACUCCAGAAAACAUAAUAUAUUUGUUUAUGGCUGCGAGAGUAAAAGAACCGCUUCACAGACAAGACUCUCCGAACAAGUGUUUCCUCUGAUGUUACACAAGAACGCAGCUGACAAAUUCUCUUUUGAAAACUGCAAAUUUCACGUGGAGAAAGGUAAAGAAGGUACGGGAAGGGUCGUAGUAUGGUCUAUGGGAGUGCAGAAUAGUUACACAAUGGAAGCGUCAAUGGGAGGGACGAAAAUAGGCUCUAGAUCAGGCACGCAUUUUUCUACUCAGGAUUACGAGCAAAUUGGAAAAGUAUUCUGUGAAACUCUGUUGGAUUUCUUUGAUCCAGAUCCUAUCAAGGAAAAACUACGGAACAAAAUAAUUACUAGGUUAAUGAAGGGUGGCUCCAAUGCCGAAGAACCGACGAAUAUCGAUUUAACCGACUACUCCAGCGACGAAGGCGACACGUCUGAUAGUUCAGUCUCAGAGGAACAGGAAAUACAAUUUCCAGAAGGUACAUGGUCCUAUACUUUGAAGGAACCACUUGUUUCUCCGCAAUAUUUAUGCGCACCACCACCUACGCCAACAUUUAUUCCACCUCGAAGUUUAGAACUAGCAAAAAGAAAAAGCAAAAAGGGAAUCACCGUUAACAGAAGUUACCUUCGACGCAAACGAAUGCUGACUAGAAGAGCAGUAAUGGAUUUACCAACUCUGGAUCCGGGCAGCGAUUUGUGUGACUAUAUUGAUUCAGCAGAUGAAGGACUGACGAGGCCAGAACGUUUCUCAGCAAGAAUUCGCGAAAAUUGCAAAGAAGAAACUAAUCAAUUCGUGGAUAAAGAAACAAAGGAAAUCCCCAGUGAUGGAUUAAUCUUGCCGGAAAUAGUGAGAACUCGUAGUAUGUCCUUAACUGAGAAUAUCAAUGUCGAUAAGGAAGAACCGAAGGCGAACAGACGAUCCCAUUGUCUUCGCUUGGUUAGGACAUUAAGACAUCGUUCGCCUGUUCCGUUAAGAAAUCAAGAUAUACAAAUUAAGCUCAGUUCACUGCGGCAACAAAUAUGGAUGGGAGUUCCACUGAACGUCGCAGAAAAUAUCGAUAAAAGAGUCAACCAUCCUAUUCCAAAGGGACCAUUAAGCUGGGGAAUAUCCAAUAUGGCGUUAACCAAAAAUAAAAUGAAUAAUAAAGUAUUACUGAAAGGCACCAAAAAAUUGCAAUUCGUCGAAUAUAUUGAUACGGAAAACAACAUGAAAGAAAUACAAAAUAAAUAUAAACGUGAAGAUACGAUGCGUUCAAAAGACAGUAGUGUGAGAGUGGAAUCGCAGCGGCAAAGUGCUGAGCAGAAGCCAAGGAAAAAGAAGUCUCCUCUGAAGUGGCAGAAGAUAGUUAAUCUAAAUUCUAGAGUAGAAGAAAUGUGCCACCGCAAAACAUCCUUUUUAACAAUUAAAGCAGACUCUUUAAAACUGGUCACGCUUGAAGUACCUUCAAAGAUUCAAACGCGACAGCACAAAAUCGAAUCUCGAAGGAAGCACCGGAAAAGUUGCGCUACCUGCACUGUUUCUAACGGUGAAAAAAUAUCGAGCGUUACGAAAUCUCAAUUGCAUUUGCAAUCGCAUUCACGAUCCCACAUACAAUUGCAACCCCUAAUCGUUCCUUUGUGCGACAGUUUUUCGUCAGAAAACGACUCCAUCGAUUCUCGUACUCAAAGAGCCUCAAAGAAGAAAUAUAAGAAGAAGAAACAACUGAAGAAAAUGAAGUCGACUCCUGCAACGGGAAAGAAAAAGCGUGUCACUAGCGCGAACGUAUUACGCAAUCCCUGAAAGAUUUCGUACAUAAACAAGAAUGUUCCGUUGAAUAGCAUUUUUUCAGUCCCGCCAAUGCAGGCUCUUUUUCGUAUUUUUAAAUAUACUCCUGUUAAAGAUUCAUUACACCCAUUAAUGAGAAUAAUUUUGUGCGAGUGAUUUUUAUAUUGUACUUUUUAACGUGAUUGUACGAUAAUUCGUCGUUCAAUUAAGGCUUACAACAUUGUUACGUAACAAAUUUUGCCAAGACUUAAAAGUAUGAGAU